CCGGCCGUUCAUUAUGUUGGACAGGGCGUGUCUGCGCCUCGGGCUGCCGCGGCUCCCGGGGCCUCCGCCUGCAGCCGGCGGCGGAACGGGGGCAGGCGGCUGAGACGGGCGAGCUAUUUGCAUUCCGCGGCAGUCAUUUUUAUAUGCGGAGGUGGUUUGGAACAGGGCAGGGAUGGAGGGAAGGUCCUUGUAUCUUAGACAUCAAAAUCCCAGGAAAAUAAUUAGGAGGUGUUUGGGAUUCUGCUGAAAACUCUGACAACAGACCAGAAAUAUCUCCAAGAGCACCAGCAACCCCAGCUAUCUAGACCCGAAGUGGAUAUACUCAGAGGCAUCCUGGCCUACCCCACCCCUGACCCCAGAGAAGAUGCUGCUGCCCUCAGAAGACGCCAGAGCCAGCCACACUGCAAGUCUGGGAGGAUCGAGCAAGGCAGGCUGCUCAGUGAAGGCUUCCUCUCCUGUAGCAGGAAGAGCAUCGUUAAGAACAAGUAUGCAGGGCUGGACUACUCUGGAGAUGUAAUGACCAGAGCUGAGACCCCCGAGACCAGAGUGACUAUGAAGGACUGUCGUCACCUUGUUCCUGAACAUCUAAUGCCUCUCAGCUCCAGGAGGCCACUGAGGAGAAACCGAAGGCUAGUUUUCCUUGGAAGCCAGCAGCCUGUCCACCUGUUCCACUUCCCUGCCUCUUGCAGCCUCCGCUCAAACACUACCAUGGUUUGGGAGCACGGAAAAACUAGAAAAUACAGAAAUAUAUCAAGAAGAAAGAAAUUUAAAAAUCAACCUGAAUCCCACCAACCAGAGACAGCUAUUAAUGAUUGUGGUAUAUUUAUUGCCCAUGGCAUGGAUGGCACCGACAAUCGAGGCAGGCAGUGCUGGUGGAUACACCUAGGAGGUCCUGUUGGAAGAGGACCAUUCGUGUGCAGAAACGAGGAAAUAGACAUGUAUGAGCUGGAAGAAAAUCUUAUCCGUCUGAUUCAAUUCCCUCAUUUCACAGGCAAAGAACUCGACCUCUCUGAGCCUCCAUUUCUUCAUCCAUAAAAUGGGGAUAAUGAUAAAAGUGACUGCUUCAUAGGAAUGUUGAGAGGAUCAACUCAAGUAACAGGUGACAAGUGGUACAUAAUAGGUACUCCGUUUCAUGUUUCUGAUUUAUUUUAUUUUAGUUUUUUUACUGUGGUAAAAUCUACAUAACAUAAAAUUUGCCAUUUUACUAUUUUUAAGUGUAAGCGGCAUUGAAUAUACUCACAUUGUCAUGCAACCAUCAACACUGUCUACCUCCAGUCUUCUCCAUCAUCCCAAACUGAAACUCUACUCAUUAUACAAUAACUCCUCAUUCCCGCUUCCCCAUGGCCUCUGGGUACCAUUGUUCUUUGCCCAUUUUUAAAUGGAGAUUGUUGCUGGGUUGUGGGAGUUCUUUAUUCUGGAUAUUAAUCCUUUACCAAAUAGGUGAUUUGAAUUUUUUCCCUAUUCUGUGGGUUGCCUUGGCCAUGUCUUUUGAUGCACGAAAGAUUUUAAUUUUGAUGAAGUCUGCUUUACCUAUUUUUUCUUUUAUUGCCUGUGUUUUGGUGUUAAUUCCAAGAAAUCAUUGAAAAUUCAAUGUCAUGAAAUUUUGCCCCUAUUUUCUUCUAAGAGUUUUAUAGUUUUAGCUCUGAUGUUUAGGUCUUUGAUCCACUUUGAGUUCAUUUUUGUAUAUGUGUAAGGUAAUGGUACAACCUCAUCCUUUUGCAUGUGGAUAUCCAGUUUUUCCAGCACUAUUCAUUGAAACACAUACUGUCUUUUCUCCGUUGAAUGGUCUUGGCACCCUCGUAGAAAACCCUUUGACCCUAUAUAUUAAGGUUUGUUUCUGAUUUCAUUGUGCGUGUCUGUCUUUAUGCCAGCACCACUCUGUUUUGAUUACUGUAGCUCUAUAGCAAGUUUUGAAAUCAGGAAGUGUGAGACCUUCAACUUUGUUCUUCAUUCUUCCGGAUUGUUUUGGCUAUUCUGGCCCCUUGAGAUUCCAUAUGAAUUUUAGGAUGGGUUUAUCUAGUUCUAUAAAAACUGUGGCUGGGAUUUUGAUAGGAGUUGCACUGAAUCUGUAGAUCACUUUGGGUAUUAUUGACAUCUUAACAAUAUGAAGUCCUCCAGUCCACAAGCAGAAGAUAACUUUUCAUUUAUUUAUGUCUUUAAUUUCUUUUAGCAACAUUUUGUGUUUUCAGUGUACAAGUUCUUUGCCUCCUUGGUUGAAUUUAUUCCUAUUUAAUUUGUUUUCAACACUAAAAUAAGGCUAAAUUUGUGUGUGGUUUUAUAUGAAAACUUUACAAAUAUUAACUUUUCAAUCCUUACAACAUUCUGCAGAUGGGAGAAACUGAGGUAAAAAUAUAGAAAUAAAGGUGUAGCAAAAAGGUAAAUAAAAUACUGUGAUGAAUAAUAUGAGAAAUAUGCUUG